AAAAUAAUUAAAUAAGGGUAUUAAAGUCAAUUAAUCCUACACUACCGAUCCUUUUCCCGGUGACUACUCCUCCCUGACUGUCUUAAUCCUUGCUUUGCAUCCAUUCAUGAACUCCGCAAUCUGCUUUCAAUGGCUGUAGUAAAUUCCAGUAAUACUCCUGAGCCCCACAACAACAACCGUAUCAAGCUCAACGUCGGUGGCAAACUCUUCGAGACAACUGUCUCAACGAUCCAGUCAGGAGGUCCCGAUUCACUUCUGUACGCUCUAUCAAACCGCCCGACUCACGAACCGAACCCUAUUUUCAUUGACCGGGACCCGGAUAUAUUCUCGGUGCUAUUAUCUCUGCUUCGUUCGAAUCGCUUACCCUCAACUGCAAGCCGCUUUUCUAAACAAGAACUCGCUGAUGAGGCGCUGUACUACGGCAUUGAGUCGCAGCUAAAAUCGGCGAUGUCUCCGCCGCCGUUUCAAGGCAUCGACGCGUCUGUCGUGUCCACUGUCCGUCCCGCAGCUGACGCCCUACCCUCUGCCUUUACGGCGGCGGCCGAUGACGGAUCCCUCUGGAUUGCUCACGGAGGUCAGAUAUCCGUCUACGACUGGAACCUGUCUCACUCGAGCACCGUCCGCACGCACCUAGAGGACAUCACAUCAAUACGCCGCGUUUGGCCUGAUGUGGCCGCCGUCGGUUCAGAUUCCUCCGCCGGUAUACACUUCUACGAUGUCUCAGGCGCUCGCCACGUGGCGACCACUCACUGGACGGACUCGUCCGAUCCGAGGAUAUACAGAGCGCAAGUUAUCGCCAUCUCAGACUCCCCAGGUUCCAUCUUGGCGUCUUUCGUGUGUCGACACAAAGAGAAUUGCAUCCUCAUGAUUGACAAAUCAACGCUCCAGAUUUCGUCAGAGCUAGGUAGACAAUCCGGUAGCUCGUCAAAGACCACAGUCCCCGGGAAGCUGACGUGGAUUCAGUCGACCGGCCUUAUCUUAGGAAGCUCGGUCACCAGCGGGGCAUUCGGUUAUUCCGGAUACAUAAGGAUGUGGGACCCACGUUCAGGAGAUGUGGUUUGGGAAACGAACGAGCCAGGUUCGGGCCGAAGCAGUAGGUUCGGAGACUCAUUUGCUGACGUGGAUGUGGACGCGGAGGAGUUGUGUCUGUUCAAAAUAUGUUCGAAGUCAGGCGAUUUAGCGAUGGCAGAUUUGCGUAAUUUAGGCGAAGAUCCGUGGGUAUAUAUGAAGGACAGCAGUCAUAAUGUAAGAAAUUUCAGCGAGGGAGGGAAUUGGUAUGGAGGAAAUACCAUAAUACAUUGCUAUAAAAAUCAAGUGUUCGUGGGGAGCCAAGGGGGAUUAGAGGUUUGGUCAAGAGUUGAAGAGAGAGAAAGGGGAUUGAAUGAAGGAUUGUAUAAGAGAAAUUAUGUGGAUAAAGUGGAGGAUUCAGAGAGAGGAUUGAUAACCAGAAUUGAAGGUGGUGGGAAUAGAUUGUUUGUUAGUAGACAAGAUGUUGAGGGAAUUGAAGUGUGGGAGAGUUCAUCUUUCUCUGGUGUGGUUUCAGUCUUGUGAUAGAUUAUCUCAAUGAGAACAUUGUUUUUCAGUUUUAAUGACUUUAAAAGAGUCCAUCACCCAGCUCCAGCUGAUUGUUUUCUUUCCCCCAUUUUCAUUGAAUCUCAUUAAGGCCUCCUUCUAUGUUUUUCUUUCAGGAUAUUCCUAACUUACUGCCCUUAAUACUAGUGUAAAACGUUUUAAAACAUACUCGAAUCUUUGACUGAUGGCACCUUCCUCUGUUAGCACUAGUUGCUAUACUCACCUUCUUUUUACUAAUUCACGCGGCGAUUAUAUCUCGAGUAAUUGAUGAUA